AUGUUCUUACCCCCAUCAGAAAGACCGAAGAUGCUAAUGAAGGCUCUGCUCAGGCUCGUAUCACGAAAAGCUGCUGGGAAUGCGGGAGCAAUUGUCACGAUUGCAUCGAACGAACCCAGAGGCUCUGUAGAGGCUGCUGCGGCGGGUACUGCAUGGUCCACAACGAGGGGUCAACUUCAACUUUCUGUGACUGUCCGAUCUCCCCGACCUUGUGGAAUAUGCCCAGAUCGCUGACAUUCGAUAGGGUGCUCGAGCCGCGGUCGCUUUUUGCGACACCUCUAGGACAUUUCCCUCCGGCACCUGACGAUGGUUUCAGUUAUGGUCUUCGCGCCUGAACAGUCUUGGCCAUGCCAGUGGAAGCCCGAGAAGGACCGAAGAAACCGAUUCCGGAGAGGAACUAUGCCUUUUAGUAAUAUGCGGUUGACUCUCACACGGCACUUCCCACUCCCGUCGAAGAAGAAGAGCGAGGCUGGGGAGCGCGAAUUCCCUGCGGUCUUGCAGGGUAGUCACGUUUCUUUCAGGGCAGCAUACGCGCUUAGCGUGCGGGUUCUCAUCAAUAGUCCUUUGUGUCUUUUCCAAGAUACCCUUGAAGAGCAGCGUUUGAGGCGUCAGUUGUGCAAUAGCUAACCUAACGGCAAUAUACCAUCUCAAUUCUCC